AUGGCGCACUUCUUAGGACAUGAUGCCGUUGAUCACAGCAAUCUCAGUGAAUCAGAGACGGAUGACUACAUACCGAGCGUUUUCGAAAACGAUGACCUCUUUGCAAUCAACAAGACCGCAACGAAGUAUUUGAACUAUACUAACCAAUAUGUACCAAAGUGGGAAGGAUCCGAGGCCCUGUCCGAAUUUACUACCGAGUACACCGAGCACCAGCGAACGAUCCUUAUUCGGGCAUUCACACCCGGUACCGCGAAGUUGCUUGGCUUCAUUCGCUUCGCCUACGACCGAGAAGGCUUCAGCAUCGGCGGUGGGCUGAAAAUAGCAAACUUCAACGCCAGUUUGCAAGGCUCUAUGCUGCGCACCGGUGGCACCACAAAGCAUGAGGGCAGCGGACAAACCGGACAGUUUGGUGAGGGAUUGAAGCUUUCUGCACUCGUUUUUCGUCGCUUGGGGUACAAAUUCCACAUCGAAAGUACUGGUUUCAAAUGGAACUUCAUUUACCAGCAGCAUGAAUUAGCUUGCAAGCUGUCGCGUAUUCCAGACAUGAAAUUGAAGGUAGGUCAAGAUAGCACACGUGGUCUAGCCAGGACUACGGAUGCCCACGCGUGGGAGGAUGUCUGCGUCGUUAUUGGCGCC